AUGUCGAUGAGUGGGGAUUUCGACGAGAGCGAGGACGGGAAUCAGGGGAAGAGAGUGCGGUGGGUGAGAAUGUGCAAUCUGUCAAGUAAGCCUGCAAUCUGUCAAUGUGUGGACGAGCUGGUGGCCCGACAGGCAAAAGAAGUUCUUUCCACAGCCUACUCUCUCGGGUUCGUUGUCCGAUUCGACAGGAGGUUCUCCUCAGACGACGGAGAAGUCUCUCUACACCUCAGAGUCUCGCCCAUGGUCGGCCACCAAGGCCGAGUCAUCUGUUUUGAGGCUGAUGGGCAGUACUUUCACCCCCGCUACGACGCUCCCUCCAGACUGACUGAAAAGCUGCUGGGACUUCUAUGCGGCUUCAGCCUACCUUCUCUUCCCGAAGAAUAA